CCUGGAGUGAAGAUUGAUGUUCUGGACAUGGCGACCGACCCGCGUUUGUUGCCCCCUCCGAAAGAAGCCUAGUGCCAAUUCAUCCUUCGGGGAACCAGGGUGCGGAGCCAGGCCUAUCAGAUGAAUUAGUGAAGCCGGAAAGAACCUUUGGCUUGUUUACCUGCACUCUCCAAUUCAAUGUUUUUGUACACAACCGUGCGCUGUUUCUAGCAGACAUAGCUUCAACAUCGAUACAUCAGUCCUGGAGUUCAUCUCCUUUCUUCAACUACCUCGCCUUCCCAAGUAGCUCUUGUAGCUUCUUCGACCGAUGCUCGCUUCGACGGUCGCGUAUUCAACAACAUAGGGGCGCUCUGCCUUGUCCAGCAUUGGCUUAGAACAAGCUGGUCCAGCAAAACACACUAUUAUUUGGGUCGUAAGGAGUCAUGAUGGACGUCAAGCCGCAACGACCCUUACGCUCACGCGUCAACAACGACGAAAACCUUCCUCCUGUCGGCCAAGUUACAAAGACCAUACAUCAACGAAACAAGUCGAGUCCUGCCUUGACAGGUGGUGCUCCAAUGCAGGGAAUGGCAGCUGGAGCGAAGCGAAAGGUGUUUGGCGAUGUCAGCAACACUAUCACAACUCUCAAGCCCAGCAAAGAUGACUCGGUUCUACAAACCAAGCCUAGUCUGCAGCCUACGUUGAAGCCUGACCAAGGUCUGUAUGGGAAGAAGUCGACCAGUUUGCUGAGACCUGCGCAACGACCUCUGUCCGUGUCUAGCUUGAAGACGUUGUUCUCGGGUGGAAGCAAUGCUACAAAUACUGAGAACUCCGUCACUAGCACGUCAGACAAUGGACCGCCUUACAGUAAGAAGACCUUGACCAAGCGACAAACUACAAUCUUCAAAGACAGUCGCCUAGAUGCGGUACAAGAAACCGAAAUCACAGCUGUGGAGUCGCACAACGACAACGUUGAAGUGAAAGAGCUCAAUGCGGACCACCCAGCGAAACUCGACACAGAAUCUCAGCCUUGUCUGCUCCCGCCAACGUCGGAGAUUGUGGCUGACCCGGUCAAAGACGCUCAAGAGCCACAGUCCGAGAUCAGUCUGCCAGGCAUUGAUGAGGUGAGCCUUGGGCCGACGCUGUCUAGUGAACUGAAUCAUGGAUUCAAUGUUCGAGAAACCGUCACUACCAUUUCAGAUGCCGCUAGCCAUCCGCUCACUUUGCAGUACCAACCACACAAUGUUUCUGCCAGUCUUCUUCCACUUUCCACCAAUCCCGUCACUUCUGCAACUCAGAAGCACGACGUCCAACAAAUUCCUGUCGCGAAGCUUAUCAACCCUGUCGACACCGUUACCGCUUUGAUUCCACAAACUUCCUACAUUCAACGACAGGUUGAACAGGAAGAGUACUGGGACGAAGAGGAUGAGGAGAGUUACGAAGAGGAAGGUUACGUGACGGCCAGGUCAUUCCGAUCUAGAGGAGACAACACCACCGGCGGUGCUACUGCUGCACUCUUCCCAGAGGUGAAUCAACGUGUGCGUAAGGAGCUUGCCGCUGCUAAAGCACUCGUUGAAAACACCCGCUCUCAGGAAGAAGUUGAGGACGAGAUUUACGACACAAGUAUGGUUGCCGAGUAUGGUGAAGAGAUCUUCGACUACAUGAAGAACCUCGAGAUGAAGAUGCUACCCAACGCUCACUACAUGGAAAACCAACACGAAAUCCAGUGGUCGAUGCGUUCGGUCCUCAUGGAUUGGCUCGUGCAGGUCCACCUUCGCUUCAAUCUUCUUCCAGAAACCCUUUUCCUUACGGUCAACUACAUCGACCGCUUCUUGUCCUGCAAGGUUGUGUCUCUCGGCAAACUGCAGCUCGUGGGCGCGACCGCCAUUUUCAUUGCUGCCAAAUAUGAAGAGAUCAACUGUCCUUCGGUCCAGGAGAUUGUCUACAUGGUCGACGGCGGCUACAGUGUGGACGAAAUCCUCAAAGCUGAGCGUUUCAUGUUGACUAUGCUGCAAUUCGAACUCGGAUGGCCCGGUCCCAUGAGCUUUUUACGCCGAAUCAGCAAAGCAGACGACUAUGACCUGGAAACCCGAACUCUGGCGAAGUACUUCCUUGAAAUUACGUUGAUGGAUGAGCGUUUCAUUGGUAGUCCGCCAAGCUUCACAGCAGCUGCUUCACAUUGCCUCGCACGUAUCAUGCUCCGUAAAGGCACUUGGACCACUCAUCAUGUGUAUUACUCUGGUUACACCUAUUCGCAGCUCAAGGGUCUGGUCAAUCUCUUGCUCGAAUGCUGCGAGGAACCACGCAAACAUCAUAGUGCCGUCUUCAACAAGUACUGCGACAAGCGCUACAAGAGAGCAUCGGCUUUUGUCGAAACGGAAGUAGGACGAGGAUUUCAGCUACCAGAACCAACUGCUGUGGUAGCCUUACCUCCACCAGUCAAUGGACUUAAUCCCUAUUAUGAUCACCCUUUUCAAUAUCGCACCACUUGAACAGUUCCGCGCUCGAGAGCUGUUCAGUCAUGACACACAUUCAAAAGCCUAUCACGAAGGACAUGAUCACCUCUCAAAACGUCAAGAGGAAUGCAUUCUCUUCGAUACGAAAUCAUUCCAUCAACAUGUCGGGAUGGAGCCGUCAUUCCAGGACGACUACCACCCCAUUUUC